UGAUCCACCCGUCUCAGCCUCCCAAAGUGCUGGGAUUACAGGCUUGAGCCACCGCGCCCGGCCCUCGGAUGAUAUUACUUUCAACCCCUGCACCCUGCAAUGCUCUCACCCUGCAACACCGACACCCAGCUGAACCUGACAUGGAACCAGAGGUGCUGGCUGGGGGUGUUCAUUGCUUCUCUUUUCUCCCUUGCCAGACUCAGUAGAGGAAGCUGAGACCGAGCAGCCGCAGGAACAAGGCCAGCUGCGGGCCGUCCAGUGGCUGUGCUACUUCUACAGCGUCAUCAUGCCCAGGAAGGCCCAGUGUGUCAUCUACCACAAGCUCCAGCUCUCCCUGACCCACAAAGUGGCCGACAAGGUGCUGGAGGGGCAGAUCCUGGAGGCCAUCAGUCAGCUCUACCUGUCCCUGGGCACGGAGUGGGCCUACAAAUCCGCUCUGGACUACACCAAACGAAGUCUGGAGAUUUUCAUUGACCUCCAGAGGAAAGAGGAGGCGGCGCAUGCCUGGCUGCAAGCAGGGAAGAUCUAUUACAUCCUGCGGCAGAGCGAGCUGGUGGACCUGUACAUCCAGGUGGCACAGAAUGUGGACCUGUACACAGGCGACCCCAACCUGGGGCUGGAGCUGUUUGAGGCAGCUGGAGACAUCUUCUUCAAUGGGGCCUGGGAGCGGGAGGAAGGCAUGUCCUUCUACCGGGACCAGGCCCUGCCCCUGGAGUGACUACGGGCAACCGC